AUGAUCGUUUUCGUAUUCAUCUUGUUCUUUGCCCCCAAUGUCCAGGUAUUGGUUAUUGGGGAGGUCUUUUGCGGCCUUCCUUGGGGUGCUUUCCAGAGUAUCACUCCCGCCUAUGCCUCGGAAGUGGCCCCCGUCAAGCUGAGGCCCUACCUCACUACUUUUAUCAACAUGUGCUGGGUGAUCGGCCAAUUUUUCUCCUCGGCCGUAAAUUACAGCUCCAUAUCCCGAACUGACGAGUGGGCUUAUCGUCUCCCUUUCGCCAUCCAAUGGCUCUGGCCCGUCCUCAUCUUGGCCGGUGUAUUGUUUGCCCCUGAGUCUCCCUGGUGGUAUAUCCGCAACAACGACCGCGUCUCCGCUAAAAAGGCCCUCCUACGCCUCACGUCUCGUAACCAGCCCGGUUUCAAUCCCGACGAGACCAUUGCCAUGAUUGAGCACACCAAUGAGAUGGAGCGCCAGCUCAAGGAAGGUGUACGCUACCGAGACUGCUUCAAGGGGACCGACCUCCGUCGCACUGAGAUUGUCAUCUUGACGUGGGUCGCCCAAGUGCUCUCGGGACAAAACCUGAUGGGAUACUUCUCCUACUUCAUGAUCCAAGCCGGCCUGGAUCCGGCCAACUCGAUGGCCAUGGCCAUGGGCAACGGCGCCCUGGGCCUCGUCGGCACUAUGGGCUCGUGGUUUCUGAUGACGCAUAUCGGCCGCCGGAGGAUCUUCUUCUCAGGCAUCUGCACCCAGCUUUGUAUCCUGCUGACGGUGGGCUCCUUGUCGUUUGCCAGCUCCAAUGCCUCGGUCUGGGCCAUUGGCGCCAUGCUCAUCCUCUUCACUUUUGUGUACGACUUCACCAUCGGCCCCGUCACCUACUGCCUCGUGUCCGAACUGUCGUCCACGCGCCUGAAGUCCAAGUCGAUCGUCAUGGCCCGUGCCGCUUACAACGCUGUCAACAUUUUCGUCAACGUCAUGACCAACUACCAGCUGAAUACCGGCGCCUGGAACUGGGGUGCCAAGACCGCCUACUUCUGGGCUGGCAGCUGUCUUCUUUGCACCGGUUGGGUCUUUUUCCGCCUUCCCGAGCCCAAGGACCGCACCUACGCCGAACUCGAUUUGUUGUUCGAGCAUCAGGUCCCGGCGCGGAAAUUUGCCAAGACCAAGAUUGACCCGUACUCGCAGGACCUCGCCAUGGAGAAGCGGCUAUCAACUGCAACUGAGUAGAUGCAGGAGAAGAGAAGGGGAAAAUGGCCUUCGAAGGUGGAGAAUUGGGGGGGGGGGGGGCGUGUUU